CUUUCAGUGAUCUGUAGUGAGUAGGGUCCCAGGAAGUGGAGAUGACUCUGGCAGUAGGUAUCCUGCUGAUCUUGGUGCUGAGUAGCUGUGGUUCCUGGGGACAAGACUGGCCGUCUAUUAAGUGUGGCUUCGAAACUGGUCCUGCUCAUGAGUUGAGAAAGUGGCACAGUCUAACACCGGCAGAUCUUCAUAAUCUCAGUGCCCAGUUAAUUGAAACAGAAGUGGAUACACACUUCAGGUCGUAUCUUAUAAAUAUCAGCUGGAGCCUCAGCAUGGAUGCCAGCAUCAAAGAACUGACAGCCACAAAGAUCUGUGUGAUGAGUAAAGGAAUCAGAGAACAUUUUGAAUGUAUUCGGUGCAAUUACACAGAGAAGUUUCAAAGUCAAACCAUGUUGGGGAAUAGAAGAUGGCAGUUCCACUACAUUGGAUUCCCUGUAGAACCAGAAAUGUUUUAUUCUAUCAGUGCUUACAACCUUCCCCCUGCAAAUAUAUAUGAGGAUUCUCCAUCAAAAUCCAUCAAGUUAACUUCACCAGGUUGUAAAGAUAAUGUAAUGAAAUACAGCAAAAGUUGCAUAGAAGUGGGAAGUCUGUGGAAUCCAAAUAUAACUGCAUGUAAAAUAGAGGCAGAAGUGGAAGUGAAUUUUACCACAAGUAGCCUUGGGACCAAAUAUACCAUACUUCUCUAUGAGUGUGAGAAAUGUGAUGUACCUAUUGAACGGGAUUUGACGACAAAGAUCAAUGAAACUAGAACUUCUGUUAGAAUACCAGUGAGUGAUCAAAGCAACAAUAUUUCUGUUCAGAUCAUUCCGUAUUUUGCCAAAUGCAAAUAUGAUUGUCGAAGGCACAAAGGAACCCUAACAUGUGUUCAAAACCACAGUAAUGGGAGCAUCACAAUUGAUUCAACUGGAAGAUACGUGUGUUUCAUCCUUGUUGCUUUAUUUGUAACUGUGUGUGUGAUUGCUGCUGUAGUAUUUUUCAGGAACCAUGGUACAAAGAAAAUAUUCUUCCAUCAUGCAGAGCUACAACAACCGGUUAAAGUACUGGUUAUCUAUCCAAAAGAAGUGUGUUUUCAGCAUACAGUCCUGGCUUUUGCUGAAUUUCUGCAAAAGCACUGUCAAAGUGAUGUCAUUAUCGAUAUGUGGCAGAAAAGGAGAAUUGCUGAACAAGGCCCAGUACAAUGGCUUGCUAUUCAGAAAGAAAUUGCAGAUAAGAUAAUUUUCCUCAGUUCAAGAUAUAGCAUUACUGAGUGUGAUGCUGUUUGCCAUGAAAGCAUAGGAAACCACAAAGAUAACUCUGAGUGUAUGUUCACUCUUGCAUUUAACUUCUUCUGCAGUGAUAUGAAAAAUAUAUCUUCUCUGCACAAAUACAUGGUGGUUUCUUUUAAUGAAAUAAAUUCAAAAGACACUCUCCCAAGUGCCCUCAACAGCUGUCCAAAAUAUUGUCUUAUGAAGGACAUUGACAUCUUUUGUAGAGAUCUUUCUAGUUCAAAUAGGCAGGCCCAUGGCACAAAUAGAACAUUAGUGUGUGGUUGGAGCCCUACCACCAAAUGCAUACAAACUGAGGAAUACAAUAUAUUAUGUUCUACAAUAUCGACACGGUCUCAGCAGCAGCAGAAUAUGAUUUUGUAAGGCCCUUGAUGGAUUUGAAAUGAGUUUGCUUUGGUGAAAUUAAUUCUGGAUAAAACAAGCUUUACUUUCAGCCUUUUCACUGCUUAUUUGCAGGAUCAGGGCAAAGAUCAGUUAAGAGAAACUGAAGCUAUAAAAGUCUACAUAGGAGAGGUAGCCACCCAUUCACCAAUGUAUUGUAAACUCCUUUAUAUAAUUAUGAAGAAAUAUUUAAAGCUAGUCAUUUAAUUAUAAAGCUAGUUUUUAGAAUUACAGAAAAGAGUAUAGAAUGAAAAGAUAGGUACUGUCAAUUUGAUAUGGAAUUAUCAUUGUUACCAUACUGUAUUUGGAAAAUAAAAAACAAAAAUUAAUGGUCCUAUAGACGUUGGGGCAUGAUUUGGUCUUAUGUUUAAAACAAUUCUAAAAAAGGAGAAAAACAGGUAAAUUAAAACAUGAGGGGAAAAUAUCUUGAAUCACUUUCUGAUGAGAGGAGAAAAAUUACCAUUUUCUGUGUUUCAUAAGAUUGUUUAAAUUUAUCUUGUGCAUAUGUUAGCAGGUUUUUUCCCUUGAUCUGCUUAUUGGAUUUAAUUGUAACUAAAACUUCAUGUCCUCCUCUGGACUGUUAAUGCUACAAGAUUAUUAUACUCCUAUAUGAUAAAUUUUUGUCUGAGUAAGUUUUGUAGUGUAAAUAAAGGAUUUAAUACAUUUAUAUAAUAGUUAUAGCAGUUCUCUUCUUGGAGUGUCUGAUACUCAACUGCUAUGGAACUUAAGU